AGAGCAGAAGGCCAUUUAAAAGACCCCAGGCCUUUCAGUGUCUAGACCAAAAGGCUAGUGUGAAGACACAAUCAGAUUCAUGUCUAGAAGGAGUCUCAUGUAUAAUCCAAGCUCUCUGCGCUCUUUAGAGCAGGAAAGGCACCAGAUGAGACUGGCUGCCCCGGUUCUCAGUGGCUACCUGCUGAGGAAAGAAGCUUGGGACAGAGGGACGUCUUCAAGGCAGUCUUUGGGAAACCCUCCGAUGGUGUGCCAGGACCCUGUUGUCCAAAAUGCCCUGUACACUGGAAACAUACAAGCUGUGAAAGAGAUCUUCUCUAAAGGCUUUCCUUCAGACCUGGUCAUCCAGCCUCAAGGAGGAGCAAUGCGGUGGAGAGCAAAUGGAAAAGUUAGAGGACUGUGGUCACUGACGUACGAACAAGAGCUGACCACGCCACUGCACAUCACCGCUGGCCGGGGUUUCACCGAAUGUCUGCGGCAUCUCCUCCUACGGGGCGCUCGAGUGGACCUGGCACCUGGGGGCACCACUGCCCUGCAUGAGGCCUGUGAGGAGUGCCAGCCCGACUGCGUCAAGCUGUUGCUGCAGUACGGAGCCAAUCCCAACUCAACCAAUGAAGACGGGCAGAUGCCCCUGCACGUGUGCACUGAACACGAUUCACUUGAGUGUGCCAAGCAACUGCUUGCAUUCGGUGCUUCGAUCAGCAGUCAAAGCUUGGAUGAUAACGACACACCCCUUCAUGUGGCGGCCCGCCAUGGCCUUCCUGAUCACGUUGAGCUCUACUUACGACACGGAGCUGCGCUUAACCUACAAAACGACGAAGGCAACACACCGCUGAACGCCGCCUGCUCCCAGCCGCAGGACUGUGCGUCUCUGGAGCGGUACAGCCGUGUUUGCCACAUGCUGGUGGCUGCUGGGGCGGACAUAUAUAUCAGUGACGCGGACAGGCAGACUCCACUGCACAUGGCGUGUAAGAACGCCAACCCUGAUGUGGUGGUUCUACUGCUUAAGAACAAAGCCUUGGUCAACGAAAUGGAUUACGGCGGCGACGCACCGCUGCAUAACAUCCUGAAGGUGGUGGCCUACAAGACGGACCAUGAACCCGAGAGGAUCGUACAGGCGCUUCUCAAUUAUGGAUCCAUCAGGGUGUGGCCUGGAGCUCUGCCCAAGGUUUUGAAAUAUUGCUGCACAUCUCCAAGAACAAUAGAAGUGCUCUUCAACGCAUAUGACCGACUCAAAAUCACUGAAUCCUGGGUAGAAGCUGUUGCUCCUGAGGUGUUUCAGAAACAUCGGGAAUUCUAUGAAUCCUUAUUUGCACUGAUGCAAACUCCUCGAUCUCUACAGCAUCUGGCUCGUCACAGACUCCGAACGUUUCUGGAAGGUCGCUUAGACAGGGUGGUCCCCAAACUGGGUCUACCAACCUUUCUUAAAAAUUACCUAAUGCUGGCAUUCAGAGACUAUAUGCACUGAGAGAGACCACAAACCUGACACUGUACAACAUACAGUAUAAGCAUGCAGUGAUUGAGUUUUGUACCAUUAAGUCAUUGAGUUUUGUUUUAUUCUGUGUGAUUCUGAAUGAUUGUGUUGGAAAAUUGUCCUGUCAUUACUAAAGAUGAUACAAUCAGGUGGCAGUUUUAUAAGGAAUUCUUAAAUGGAGUUAAUGCUUAAUGCCCGUCUAUGAGAUUUUUAAUGUAAAAUGUGUUUUAUUAUUACUGAUAUCUAUUUUGCAUUAGGAAAAAAAACAUUGUUUAUGAAGAAUAAAAUAUGAGGAGGAUGCAUAAGGUCUCUGAAGUUCAUAACACACACUGACUAUUACAUUAACUACCACAGUGGGGCGCCAUGGAGCUCAAGUGGAAUCUGAAUUCCUAUUGAAAGUUCUCAAAUCACUGAUAGGAUUCCACGCAAAAUGACAGAUUUUGAAUGGAAAAUAUUAAAAGUAACAUUCU